AUGGAGAAGAUUCUCUCAUCUCUGAAUAGCCUCGCUGAGACAUGGCUGACCUUUGGCUCAGCUUCCUAUCAUAUAGACCUCAACGACACCUUACUAGAUGGGCUGGGGUUGCUGCUUCUCUAUGUCUGCUACCUGAUUGUGAAACUGGUUUUACAACCACUGUGGAGAAAGAAAUACACCCAAAAGCCCCCCAGGAAGCCAUCUGAUCCCCCAGGCUUUCAGCAAUGGGACAUCCAGAUUCCCUCCACAAUGGCUGUCGCUCGGCAACUGCUCAGAACGGCUAAGGCUUCCACAGAUAAUGACUCUCCUACCCUUACUCACCCUGUACCUCGGCCCUUGCCUGACAGUGACCAACAGCUGCCAGAACUGUAUGCAUCAGCUGAGAAUUUUAAUAACGAGAGCAAGAAAUCAAAUUUCCAAAAACUCUGCGCCACCUCCUUUGAGGAAGCUCAGCAACUCCUCGGAAAAAACCUGGGUACUGUGCCAUUUGCUGCUUCUGGUGCUGAGAGAAAAGAUGAACCCCACCCUGCCGUACAGAGCCCGGUUAGCAACCAGGAGCAGAAUCUCACGUCCCUGGCAGAUCUACUUCACCACAGCCUGUUGAUGGGCUCCCUCGUCCCUCUGGAGCAGUUAUCCAGGACCCAGCGUAGACUGACCCAGGCGGGCAUCCCUCCUCCCGUGCACAUGUUUCCGUACGGUUUCAGGACCGACGAGCCGAUGGUUACGCCAACGCCCACCUUUAGACAGAGGCUUCCAAGCCACACCUUCCGGAAACUUCUCCUGGCUUCUGUUACCCCGGAAAGGCUGGUGUUUGAAGAUAAAUCGAUCCAAUUCUUCUCCUUGGAGCCAGGCAAGCAGUUCCUGGACCUAGUGGACCUGGAGUGGCGGUAUUUCAACGGACUUGCAAAGUGGGGGCACAUUCCCAGGAAGUUCUCAUUCAUGGACAUAAAAUACAACACUGAGAAAAGAUUUGUUGAGAGCCAAGGCAUGCCUGGUCCGGUUUUUCCUCCUCUAGUUCGGAAGACUUUGGUGAUUUAUCCUCAGCUUGACCAUCAUGAAGAGGGACAUUAUUCUCUUAAGUGGAAUGUAUAGAACACUGUCAGCAGAUCCGGACAUGGAUUGUCGCGUUUGAGAACAUUAAAUUUAUACAGGAGACAGAAACGCAUCAGAUCCAUUUUUCUAUACACUGUGCAAAGCCUAAAUCCAAAUACUCCCAUGGAGGAAAUUGUACACCUGAUCUGCUAACGUUAGCC